AUGGCAAAUAACGAAAUCCGAUAUGAUGGACGUGUCGUCAUUGUCACUGGCGCUGGUGGAGGUCUUGGUCGUGCUUACGCCUUGUACUUUGCUCAGCGUGGUGCCAGCGUCGUCGUAAACGAUCUUGGUGUCUCCCACACUGGCGAUGGCAGCAGCAACAACGCCGCUGAUGUCGUUGUUGAAGAGAUUCUUAAGGCUGGUGGCAAGGCCGUUGCCAACUACAACUCGGUCACUGAUGGUGAAAAGAUCGUUGAGACCGCCAUGAAGGCUUUCGGCCGUGUUGACAUUGUCAUUAACAACGCUGGCAUUUUGCGUGACAAGUCAUUUGCUCGUAUGACCGACAAUGACUGGGACCUUAUUAUGGCUGUUCACGUCAAGGGUUCGUAUGCCGUCACCAAGGCUGCUUUCCCUAUCAUGAAGGAGCAAAAGUACGGUCGCAUCAUUAUGACCGCUUCUGCCGCUGGUCUGUACGGUAAUUUUGGUCAGGCCAACUAUAGCGCUGCCAAGCUGGCUUUGGCAAGCUUCAGCAACUCUUUGGCCCGUGAAGGUGCCAAGUACAACAUCCACAGCAACACCAUCGCCCCCAUGGCUGCCUCCAGAAUGACCGAGACUGUCAUGCCUCCCGAGAUCCUUCAAGCUCUUAAGCCUGAGUUCGUCUGCCCUGUUGCUGGCUACCUCUGCCACGAGAACACCGAAGACACCGGCGGCAUCUUUGAAGUUGGUGGUGGCGUUGUCUCCAAGCUUCGCUGGGAGCGUUCCGCCGGCAGCGUCUUCAAGGCUGACGAGACCUUCGACCCUGCUGCCGUUGGUGCCCGCUGGAACGAGAUCACCGACUUCUCCAAGGUCACCUACCCCGCUUCCAUCACUGAUACCGACUUUGUCGAGCUCUUAGAGCGCGCCAAGGCUGCUCCUCCUAACCCCAAGGUUGAGCCCCUCCGCUACGACGGCCAGGUUGCUAUUGUCACUGGUGCAGGUGGUGGUCUUGGUCGUGCCUACGCCCUUCUUCUUGGUAAGCUCGGUGCCUCUGUCGUUGUAAACGACUUGGGUGGUGCUGUCUCUGGUCAAGGAUCGGACAGCCGUGCUGCUGACGUGGUCGUCCAAGAAAUCAUCAAGGCUGGUGGUAAGGCUGUUGCCAACUACGACUCUGUCGAGGAUGGUGAAAAGGUUGUCGAGACCGCCCUCAAGGCUUUCGGUCGCGUCGAUAUCCUGAUCAACAACGCCGGUAUCUUGCGUGACAAAUCCUUCAUUCGCAUGUCCGAAGCCGACUGGGACUUGGUCCAGCGCGUCCACUUGCGCGGUACCUACAAGGUCAUCAAGGCUGCCUGGCCCCACUUGGUCAAGCAAAAGUACGGCCGUAUCGUCAACACUGCUUCUGCCGUUGGUUUGUACGGUAACUUUGGCCAGACCAACUACAGUGCUGCCAAGGCCGGCAUCGUCGGUUUGACCAAGACUUUGGCCCUCGAAGGUGGCCGCAAGAACAUUCUCUGCAAUGUCAUUGCUCCCAACGCCGGCACCCGUAUGACUGCCACCAUCAUGCCCCCGGAGAUGGUCGAGGCCUUCAAGCCCGAAUACGUUGCUCCCCUCAUCGGCUACUUGUCGCACAGCAGCCUCGAAGAGAACGGCAGCAUCUUUGAGGUCGGCUCUGGCUGGAUCGCCAAGGUCCGCUGGCAACGCAGUGGCGGUGUUGGUUUCCCUGCCAACCGCCCUCUUCUUCCCGAGCAGGUUGCCUCCAAGUGGGCCCAGGCUAUCGACUUUGAGGAUGGCCGUGCCAUCAACCCCGAAAGCACUCAGGACUCGCUCCAGGCAUUCAUGGCCAACUUUGGCAACGAAGCAGAAGAGACCAAGAGCGAAGGCUCUGUCGAUAUUGAGGCUGCCAAGAAGAUCAAGUUCGAUGUCACCACCUUUGACUAUGGCGAGCGUGAAGUUAUCCUGUACGCCUUGGGUGUUGGUUGCAAGCGCACUGACUUGCAGUUCGUCUACGAGAACGAUGAAAACUUUGCUACCCUCCCCACCUUUGGUGUCAUUCCCUCCUUCAGUAUCAUGAGCAGUUUGCCCUUCGGUGACAUCUUGCCCAACUUCAACCCCAUGAUGUUGUUGCACGGCGAGCAAUACCUUGAGCUCAAGAAGCCCAUCCCCACCUCGGGCACCCUGAAGUCAGAGGCCCGCAUUGUCGAAAUCACUGACAAGGGCAAGGGUGCUUCCGUUGUUGUUGGUGUCACCUCGACCGACGAGUCUGGCGAAGUUGUCUUUGAGAACCAAUUCACCUUGUUCAUCCGUGGCUCCGGCAACUUUGGUGGCCCCAAGAAGGGUGCUGACCGUGGUGCUGCUACCGCUGCCAACACUCCUCCCAACCGCAAGCCCGAUGCCGUUGUCACUGAGAAGACAAGCGAAGACCAGGCUGCCUUGUACCGUCUCAGCGGUGACUACAACCCUCUUCACUUGGACCCCUCAAUGGCUGCUGUCGGUGGCUUCGAUGUUCCUAUCCUCCACGGCUUGUGCUCCUUUGGUUUCUCUGCUAAGCAUGUCUUGAAGACCUUUGGUAAUAACGAUCCUGCCGCCGUCAAGAACAUCAAGGCCCGCUUUGCCAAGCACGUCUUCCCUGGCGAAACUCUCGAGACCUCCAUGUGGCGCGAGGGCAACAAGGUCAUCUUCCAGACCCGCGUUGUUGAGCGUGAUGUCAUUGCCAUCUCUGCCGCUGCUGUUGAGUUUGCUGCUGGCAACCGUGACAGCAAGUUGUAA